GACGGGAAUUUUCAGUGGUUUCCCGACCUCUGAACUGAAAAGUGCCCGCAACCCAUCUUUUUACUUUUUACCGUAUAGCAGUGACGUUCUUUUAUUUUUAGCCUUCAUCGCAUCGAAUCAGCUGAGCGUUGCAACGCAAAGAACUAUGCCCAACCACACGCUUGAGCAUUCACCGAAUGCGGUGCUCAAUAAAGCAGUAUUAAAUAACUACAUGUCACUGCCCAUUCCAGAUGGAAAAUGCCAAGCUACCUACAUCUGGAUAGAUGGAUCUGGAGAAGGUGUUAGGGGAAAAACCCGCACCUUGGACUUUGUACCAACCAAACCAUCAGACCUUCCAGUAUGGAACUACGAUGGCAGCUCAUGUUAUCAAGCUGAAGGCUCAAAUUCCGACACAUAUCUUUUCCCUGUUGCUAUUUACAACGACCCCUUCCUGAGGGGCAACAAUAGACUUGUUCUCUGUGAUACCUACAAGUACAACAAAAAACCAACAGAAACCAACAAAAGGGUGACAUGCCUGCAAGCCAUGGAGGCCGCCAAAGACACCAAGCCGUGGUUCGGCAUCGAGCAAGAGUACACCCUCUUGGACAUGGACAUGCGCCCCUUGGGCUGGCCCAAGAACGGCUUCCCCGGCCCCCAGGGCCCCUACUACUGUGGCGUGGGCGCCAACAAGGUGUACGCCCGCGAUAUAGUCGAGGCCCAUUACAGGGCCUGCUUGUACGCAGGCGUGAACGUCAGCGGUACCAACGCCGAGGUCAUGCCGGCGCAGUGGGAGUACCAGGUUGGACCCUGCGAGGGUAUCUCCAUCGGCGACGAGUUGUGGAUUUCCAGGUACAUUUUGCACAGAGUUGCGGAGGAUUUCGGUGUCAUCGUCACUUUCGAUCCCAAACCCAUGGAGGGAGAUUGGAACGGAGCCGGUGCUCACACCAACUUCUCCACCAAGGCCAUGAGGGAAGAUGGAGGAAUCAUUGAAAUUGAAAAGGCUAUUGACAAGCUUUCCAGAAACCACCUUAGACACAUCCAGGCCUACGAUCCUAAAGGAGGAAAGGACAAUGAACGUCGUUUAACCGGAAGACACGAAACUUCAUCCAUCCACGAUUUUAGUGCAGGUGUUGCUAAUCGUGGGGCAAGUAUCCGCAUUCCCCGGGGCUGCGCUGAGGAGAAAAAGGGGUAUUUGGAGGACAGGAGACCAUCCUCCAAUUGCGAUCCCUACUCAGUAACCGAAGCCAUUGUCAGGACCUGUAUCCUCGACGAAUAAAUGCACUGCAUAAUUAACAUUACAAUUCUAUUUUAUAUAAUUCUUUACAAUGUUUUUAAUGUAACGUUUAUUUUAGAUGUUAUUGUAUAUGAAGAAGUUUUAUUCUUCAACUCAAUUCAAUUGUACAACGUAUUAUAACAAUUGUUCAUUGUUAAUUAGAUGUGAUUUGUGAAGUAAUGAUCAUUAAUCAUCAAACAAAAAAUGUACGAAAAAAUACAAAAAAGGCACUAAUUAUUUUGUGGUAAAUUUUAUUGCACAAUGUUAUAUAUAUAGGCAUAUAAUCUAAAUGUUAGAACUGUAAUAGUUUAUAACAAGUUAAACAAAAAAUAAAUAUUUGUUAAACAAAUCCCAAGUUUUUUAAUAAAAU